UUAAUUUACAAUUUAAUUCUGGGAAAUGAAAAAGAAAUGUUUUUUUGAUAUCUGAAUGAGUUAUAAGUUCUCCAACAAGCCGGAUUUUCAUCUGAUACUGAUCUGGAUGCCACCUACCGAGUCCUCUUCGGGCCCGUCCUCAGGGGCGGGAAACCUUACGCGAUCUGCUCGACCAAAUAGUCUUGUUGCGCCAGUGGAUGCCAGAACUGCGAAACCUGAACGGGAACCUGUGGCUUUUGCUAUAAAUUUAGUCGGAGCGCCGCCUGACGUAGAGGAGUUGGUUAAUAAUAUCAGGGUAGUUGCCGAGCAGUUUCUCUACCACUGGAAGACAUUUCCAAUAAUUCUACCAACGCCCUUAUCAACUCGAGCUCCUAUCAGUGAGUCGGAAGAAAGAUCAGUUGGCCGCAGGGUAAGGGCCUUGCAUCUUAGGGACUUGUUUGUGACUCCGCCUUUCGAUGAAUUGGACGCAGUGGCAUCUGAUGGCAAAGGUGAGCCAAGGUUCUUAAACAAGACUCAGCUUCAGGCUAUCAAGGAAAGGGGAGAAUUUGAGGUACCAUCCCUUAAUUUCCCGGAUCAGAAGCACAAAUGGCGUCUUUCACCAUUACUACAAGGGGGCGCGGCGAGGGCUCGCGAAACUUUAGAUUCGGAUUUGGCUCUUGCUGCAAGAUUGUUGGUAAUAACUGCCAGAGAGAGAAUUUGGGGUAGUUUUUUCUCAAUCAAAGAAGCCUUGAAAGCCAUGGGCCGUGGUCUUCUGAAGCUGUUAGAUCUAAUUUUUGGAGUGCCAUCGCUUCAAGCUCAUAACCUUGAAGCUAAAAUUCGAGAAGAAAGAUGCCGUUAUCUCGUAGCGGAAUUAAUUUGUCGGUCCGAAUUUGAAGGAACAUUGGAGCGCCUUUGUAGUUUUAUAAGAAGACACUUCGUCGUGCCGCCACUGAAAAGUCAAGAAGUAGAUUUAAGGUUAUUUAGUCGCGACAUUAUGAAACGAGCAGUUCCGGUACUGAUAGGAAUAUUAGAACGCGAAACUAGAGGUUGGUUUCUGCAUUUUCGUGAAAGAUUGAUUUCAGAAUUGCGAGCCCAAAGAAAUCAGAUGUUGACAAUUGAAAGGAAUUCAAGCUCUCGGUGA